AUGGGUUGUACAACCUCCAAGCUCGACGAUUCUCCGGCGGUGGCGCUUUGUCGCGACCGUUGCGGUUUCUUAGAAUCGGCGAUUCAGCAACGUUACGCUCUAGCCGAAUCCCACGUGGCAUACACACAGUCCCUGAAAGGAAUUGGCCAGUCUCUUCACAGCUUCAUCAAUCACCACCACCGCUUCGCCGGAGGAGAGUCUCCCAACCCGGAAGAUGACGACGAUUCGCCGAAGAAAACGAAACAAACUGCUCCUGCCACCCACUCGGAUCCUGGGUCGGGUCAUAUCGAAUUCGAUUCUGAUUCCGACGAAAUUGAUUCGUCGCAUCACUCUGAUCACUCAUCUCCUCUGCAUCACCAUCUCGACGACGAGGAUUACCCGAAUUCGAAACCUCCGUCUUACUCUGGCCCGUAUUUGCAUAUGAACUACAUGAAGAAUAGCUCGAUGCCUCCUUCCGUCGUCUACGAGCAGAGACCUUCGAGUCCUCAGAGAGUUUACAUCGGCGAAUCAUCAUCCUCUAACUAUAACCCAUACCUUUACCCUCCCAAUUUGAGUGAUCCAUACUUCGGGAAUCACGGACCCGAAACUCCAUCGUCCUCGAAACAGCCUCCGCCGCCACCAACGCCGCCGAAGUCAGAGGCUUGGGAUUUCCUAAACCUUUUCGAUUACGCUCCGUACACAUCUGUUCGCGAUUCGAGAGAGGUGAGAGAGGAAGAAGGUAUUCCGGAUUUGGAAGAAGUGGGUUUUCAGAAGGAGGUUGUGAAGGAAGUACAGGGGAAACAGAAAUUCGUCGCCGGAGUUAAAAAUCCGAAGGAAGAGCCGCCAGGUAACUCCGGUGGUGCAAGCACUAGUGACGGUGGUCAGGCUUCUCUGUUUCAGACUAGGCCAAGCGUCUCGGUUGAGAAGGAGGUUCAUGUCGUGGAGAAGGAAGCUGUUAAGGAUGAUGGGGACGAAAGACGACGGAGGAGUAAUGCGGCGGCGGCACGUGGCGGUGGCGGCGGCCGGCGUGGUGUGCCUGAGGUAGCGAAAGAGAUAGAAGUUCAGUUCUUGAGAGCUGCAGAGUCAGGAAGUGAGAUUGCAGUGAUGCUUGAAGUGGGCAAACAUCCUUACGGCCGCAAAAAUGUUUCGUCAAGGAUGACAUCAUCUCAACCGUCAACCUCCAAGAAAGGUGAAGCAUCUUCUUCCGUGGCUGCACCUACUUACGCAGACAUUGAGGCAGAGCUUGCAUUAAGGUCACGUAAUCUCUCUUCCUCACUGCACAAGCUCCACCUUUGGGAGAAGAAGCUUUACGAUGAAGUCAAGGCUGAGGAGAAACUGCGUAUGUUACACGAGAAAAAGCUAAGGAAGCUGAAGCGUUUGGACGAAAGAGGUGCAGAGGCUCCAAAAGUAGAUUCAACACGAAGAUUAGUGAGAAGUAUGUCGACAAAGAUAAGGAUUGCGAUUCAAGUUGUUGACAAAGUAUCGGUUACAAUUAACAAGAUAAGAGAUGAAGAGCUAUGGCUGCAACUAAAUGAAUUGAUCCAAGGGCUGAGCAGAAUGUGGAAAUCCAUGCUUGAUUGCCAUCGAAGCCAGUGCGUGGCUAUUAAGGAAGCCAGAGGUUUAGGCUCCAUUAGAGAGAGCAAGAAGCUCGGUGAUGAUCAUCUGGAGGCUACAAAGCUGCUUGGUCAUGAACUUAUAAACUGGAUUUUGGGGUUCUCGAGUUGGGUUAGCGCUCAGAGAGGUUUUGUGAGAGAACUGAAUAGUUGGCUCAUGAAGUGUCUUUUCUAUGAACCAGAGGAAACUCCUGAUGGAGUGGUUCCUUUCUCUCCUGGUCGUAUUGGUGCUCCAAUGAUAUUCGUCAUCUGUAACCAGUGGGAACAAGCUAUGGAUAGAAUAUCGGAGAAGGAAGUUGUCGAGGCCAUACGCAGAUUCACAACGAGUGUGCUUCAUCUUUGGGAACAAGAUAGGUUAGAGACCAGGGAGAGGAUGGUAGGGGAUGGUGGUGAUUCAAGGAAUGUGGACAGAGAGGAAGAGAGGAUACAGAGAGAGAUUCAAGAACUUGAGAGGAAAAUGGUUUUGGUUGGUCCGGGCGGCGAAGAUAACAUUGUCUACCAAAGCGACACUAGUAACGAGAGUUUACAAGGUAGCCUUCAACGUAUCUUUGAAGCUAUGGAGAGAUUUACUGCGGACUCAAUGAAAGCUUAUGAAGAUCUCUUGGAGCGUGCUGCUGAGAAAGAAAGUAGCUCUCAAGAAUCAGAGGAAGACUAA